AUGAGUUUAAGUCGUCUGACCCCAUUACCCGGUUACCUCUCCGAAUCGACACCAUCACAACACCUCCUCGCCCAAAUCUUCAUCGCUCUGUGCCGUCUCCUAAUCACAACACCACCGUCGCUCCACCAGCGUCCACCACCACCAGAUGUCUCCUCCAAGCUGGUGGGAAGGGCACAGGGGAUAUACACCUCGGCGGCAUUCGACGAGAUAGGGCUGUUGAUGGUUCUCAACUUUGCGUUCGUGGAAGGCAAGUAUAACGGAAGCAGCCUGAGCAUGGUGGGCAGGAACGCGGUGGUUUCCGUCGUUAGGGAGAUGCUGGUGGUGGGCGGGAGUGGGCUAUUCCGAUUUGCUCGCGGCUAUGCUCAGGCCAAGACUCACACAUAUGAUCCCAAAACCGGCGAUGCUGCCGUGGAGUACAAUGUUUAUGUUUUCCAUUACUAGGAAACCUUAAUUAACCAAUGUAUUACCUACUUUAAUUGUCUACUUCUAUAAUCAAUUAUGUCUGUUUUGGAAUUUGGAGUGGGUUUUUAGUUUUGUUUAAAUUGAGAUAUUGUGCAGUACAUGAUGAAGUGGGUAAACUGUUUGGCAGUGUUCGUAAAUAUGAUUAAUGUCAAUUAUUAUGAAUCUGCUA